AUGUCGCCAAUGAGGAACACUAGGACUUUCUGGCUGGCCCUUGCCGGCCUCAUCGCCAGUCUUGGAAUUUCUGCCAGCGAAAUCACUUCCUUGGAAAUCAUCCCUCCUACCGGCCCCUUCAAUGUUGGAGUCAGCAAGCAUGCAAUUAACUUCACCAACCCAAACGACCCCUUCGCACCAGGCAACGUCACUACCCAGUACCUUGCCACCGUCUACUACCCAACUCUGGAGAGCCCACCCUGCUCUCCCUCGCCUUACCUGCACCCAAAGGCGGCAGAGAUCUUUGAGGACUACUGGGGCUUUGUACGGGGCAACUUUUCCAACCUGACAUCGUCGUUCCUACACUGGGGAGCAGCACCAGCGUCCUCCGACGCCCUCAACCACAGCACACUGAUCUUUGGUCCCGGCGGCCUCGGCCCAUCGGUCGAGUUCAACACGAUGCUCCUGUCCGAUCUAGCCUCCAAGGGCUACGCGGUCGUCGGGAUAGACCACCUGUACGAGCAGCCGUUUGCGUGGUUCCCCAACCCUGACGCGCCCGGCGGCGGCGGGCCGACCAACCCGGGAAAGGACGUCCUGGGCACCGAUCCACACCUCGACGGCAUCGCGGACCAGGCCUACCUCGACCUGCACGCGGCGCGCGAGCGCGAGAUGCUGCACGUCGUCGAGCACGGCUGGCCGGCCCUCGUGGCGGCGCAGGGCUGGCCGUUUGCCACGGCCAGCCUGGGCCUGUUGGGGCACUCGUUCGGCGGGUCCGUCUCGCUGUCCGUCGCGGCGCAGACGUCGAGGGAGCUGGUGGCGGCCGCGAUCAACAUGGACGGAUCCAUCUUUGGCGGCGUCCGGGACGCGACGAAGCCGGCGCUGCUGCUGAGCUCGUCGUUCCACAUCGGCGGGCCCGACGGCGACCCGUCCUUUGAUGAGUUUGCCGAGAGGCAGACUGGGUGGUGGCGAUGGCUGCACUUUGAGACGUUUGGGCACCUGAGCUUUGCAGACAUGGCCUUUUUCAACGAGGUCGGUCCCAAUGCCAUAUCUGACUUUUCAAAGGGCACUGUGGAGGGCGCUAGGGCUGUCGAGAUCACUCGCGGUGUCGUGGCGGCGUUUUUCGAUCGGUGGGUCAGGGGUGUCGGUGAGGAUGGUGGCCUCUUUGAUAGGCCUGAGGGGGUUUAUGAGGAGGUUAGCCUUGUAAGUGGUGGGAAUGGGAGUCUGUCGCUAUAG